GGUCGAAAUUCUACAAACGUAAACUGGUUGCUCGUUCCCUGAGGCCGAUGAAGGCUUUGGAUUGCCCUUGUUCUGUCUGCCCUUGUUCUCCUCAAGCAGAAGAACCACGCUAACGAACAAAACAGUAUUGUAUUGUAGAUGGCCAAACCGACACCAGCUUCCAAUGCCGGAUAUUGAGUCAACAUGACCCGGCGCUGGAGCCAUCACCGAUCGACGGCAGUUCCAUCUCCGGCUCCAAUGUCCCGAACUGAAAUAUCAGGUCGGAUAUCGGAUUCUCUGCUUCCUGGUUCUGUGUGUACUCGGCCGUUGGCCGGCUAUUUCCAGCAACAGGCCUGGGAAGAGCGAGUGUCCAGCCCAAAGUUCAAAGUUCUGUCCAAGGGACGGGAUGUCUGUCGGCCGAGACUAUACCAAUUGUUGCUGUCUUUUGUCAUUUUGUGUCUUUCCUCUUGUCAUUGCCAUUGCCAUUGCCAGCGGCCGCGUCUUCUCUGUUGGCUCUUUCUUUCUGAACUCAUCGCGGCAAGACUGAAACUGCAUGUGGUGCAAGCCGCCAUGGGUAUUUCCAUCCUUCCACUUGCUUCCAAUCUGUUCGCGAAGACUGUCCAGUCCGAAACGAGAACUCUGCCAUGUCGCGGUUGUUCCUUCCGUAUUCCUUCCUCGUAGGUUGUGUCCACCCCGUACCUUUUUUCCCCUCUUCGUUCCUUCCACUCCACUGCCCCCUGUCAUUUUGUGU